AUGUCCAGAAGAAAGAUCGGUCUUAUCGGGGGCGGCAACAUCGGUGCCACUUUUGCCCUCCUCUCUGCCGUCAAGGAGCUCGGCGAUGUUGUCAUGUUCGACGUCGUCCAGGACCUCCCUCAGGGAAAAUGCCUGGACCUGUACCAGUCCACCCCGAUCUCGGGCGUCGACAUUCACUUUGAGGGUUCGAACGACUACAGCGUCAUUAAGGACGCGGAUGUGAUUAUCGUCACAGCUGGUGUCCCUCGCAAGCCGGGCAUGUCCCGCGACGACCUCCUGGCGAUCAACGCGAAGAUCAUGGGCCAAGUUGGAGACGCAAUCAAGCAGUUCUGCCCGAAUGCCUUCGUCAUUUGCAUCACCAAUCCGCUCGAUGUGAUGGUCUACAUUCUGCGUGAAAGAUGCGGCCUGCCUCACCACAAAGUCUGCGGAAUGGCAGGCGUCCUCGACGCGGCACGCCUCCGCACUUUCCUCUCCGACCGACUGAAGGUUUCCGUCGAUGACAUCCAAGCGCUCGUUAUGGGCGGCCACGGCGACACGAUGGUCCCUCUCCCUCGAUUCACAACUGUGGGUGGCAUUCCUCUCCCCGAGUUGGUGAAGAUGGGCAUGAUUUCCCAGCAAGAAGUCGACGACAUUGUUCAGCGUACUCGGAACGGAGGCGGCGAGAUUGUCUCGCUGCUCAAGACAGGCUCGGCGUUCUUUGCUCCAGCGGCUGCUGGCGUCAUGAUGGCUGAGGCGUAUCUGAAGGACAGGAAGCGCUUGCUUCCUUGUGCUGCCUAUUUGAAUGGAGAAUACGGAGUCAAGGACAUGUACGUCGGCGUGCCGUGCGUCAUCGGGGCGGGCGGCGUGGAGAAGGUCGUUGAACUCGAUCUGACACCCGAGGAGAAGAAGAUGUUCGAUCACUCUGUGGAAAGCGUGAAGGCCCUCCUCGCCGCUGCGCCCAAGUCAGCCUGA